UUGUACAUCGUUCAUAGUUUAUUUGUCGACUUAUAGCUGUCAUUCUUUCCGUAUCGUAUUGGAGUGAAAUUACCAUUGACAAAGUUGAAUUCCUAUUAUUUAUAUUUUAAUACUACAAUUUUAGUUCUACGUUAGUUUCAUGUUUGACAUGAAUGAAUUAAUUAUUAUAUAUUAUUAAAUUAAAUGGUGUUGUAUUUCGUUAAAGAAACUCUGUUAAGACAACAAAUUUUGUAUCAAACAUCUAAACAGCAAAUUGAGCCAAAUUAACUAAUAUUCAUCUAUUGCCAUGGAAAUGAUUAUAAAAAUCGCUUCCAAAUCGAUGAGAUGGACAUCGUUUCACGUUUGACAUCCAUCAUCAUGACGUCCAAUAACAAAUCUUCGUUCAUUUUUCAAAUCGAAUAUUUAUACAUAGCAGCUGACAGUUGUGAAACAUAGUUGAUAAUGAUUGAAAUAACUCAUAUUGAAUCUUUAAUCGAAAAACAUGACACUCCUGUUACAGCGAAUUCGAAAGGUGAUAAGCGCAAUAUUUUUGUAUUGUUGGUGUUGUAUACCUUACAAGGAGUACCGUUAGGUUUAUCCUUAGCAAUACCUAUUAUUAUACAAAACAUGCAUCGAUCAUCAUUUAAAGAACAAGCUAAAUUUAGUUUGGCAGUAUGGCCAUUCAGUUUGAAGCUUUUGUGGGCACCGUUAGUUGAUUCUUUAUUUAUACGAAAAUUGGGCCGUCGAAAGUCAUGGUUGAUUCCAGUCCAAUAUUUCUUAGGUAUAUUUUUCUUUAUUACUGGUUUUCAUAUAAACGAAUGGCUAGAUGAUGGUAGUAAAGUAAAUAUUAAUGCUUUAACAUCAGUAUUUUUUAUUUUAAAUUUCCUUGCAGCCACUCAAGACAUUAUUGUAGACGGUUGGGCAUUAACCAUGUUAAAAAGACGAAAUAUUAGUUAUGCUUCAAUGUGUAAUGGUGCCGGACAAGCUUUCGGAAUAUUUUUGGGUUAUAUUUUGCCAAUUUUACUGUUAUCAGAAUCAUUUUGGAACAAAUGGUGGCGUACCACAUCCAUACCAGGCGGUGUUAUUACUUUACAAGGAUAUUUUUAUUUUUGGGGAAUUAUUUAUAUAGUCAUUACCACAUUGGUAGCUAUAUUUAAGCAUGAAAAAGAUUAUUUGUCAGAACUCGAUGCUGUUGAUCUUAGCAUUGCCAAAACAUAUAUGUUACUUUUCAGUAUUAUGAAAUUACCUAGUAUCAAGAUGUUUGCUAUAAUUUUAUUGACUAUUAAAAUGAGUUUUUGUUCAGUCGAUGCCGCGUUUAAAUUGAAACUUAUAGACAGUGGAAUUACCAAAGACGAAAUUGCUGCUAUAGAUUUGUUAUUUAUACCUUUAAAUAUAAGCUUACCGUUUUUCAUUACAACAUUUACAUCGAAAGAAAAACCGUUAAAAAAUUAUUUCAAUACUAUACCCUACCGAUUACUGUUUGGUGUAGUUUUAGCAACUAUCGUUUACUUUACACCUUAUUUUUUGGAUCGGACAGGUUCAUUACUUAUCACGUACAAAGUAUUUUUAGUGUUGAUGUACAGUUUACAGCAGUUAACUGUGAGUAUUAUGACAUUGACGGCAAUGACAUUUUACGCAAGUAUAAGUGAUCCAAAAAUCGGAGGAACAAAUAUGACUCUGUUGACUACUAUAUCUAAUUUAGGAAAUGUGUGGAGCAAAACUGGAGCUCUGUGGCUUAUCGAAUUCUUGACUUUGAAACGAUGUUCUAACGAUCCUAGAAAAUUAUGUUCAACGUCAAAUAAUCAGAAGGAAAUAUGCAGUUUGUCUGGUGGAACCUGUGAAGUUUAUAUCGACGGUUUUUACAUAGAAACUAUCAUAUGUACAAUUUACGGAAUAAUAUGGUUUUUUAUUUUUAGAAAAAUCAUAAAUAAUCUUCAAUCCAAGCAUGUAAAAGAAUGGCAUGUGGAAAUUAAAAUAAAAUAAAUAUAAUAAUAUAAUGUACCAACUAAAAUAAUAUUUAUAUAAUUAUUUAAUGAAACAUCAAUUGAAGCUUUUGAAAAAUAUUUUAAAUAUUGUUUUGUAUUUUACAUUUUCAUUCUUAUAUAGAUACGUACAUGUAUAUUCAAUAUAAUAUAUUUCAGAGUAAUCAAAAUUACUGUUCAUAACAAACAUUGAAAUAUAAUAUAACCUAUUU